AUGACGAGCAAUCUCCUCGCGGCGCUGAAGAACCAUCAGGGCAAGGGAGUCACCGUCACGACCCAUCCCCUUAUUGAGGCUGCCAAGAACGGCUCAGUGGAUGCCUGCCAGCGAGCAUUGCAGGAGCCGAAGGUAAAGGUGGACCAAAAGGACACCGAGGGCAUUUGCGCGUUGAUGUAUGCUGCCGAAAUUGGCCACCUGCAUGUAGUUAAGUUUCUUGUGGAAAAGGGCGCCCGCGUUUCUGCCAAAGAUGAUUCGGGCGAAACUGCCCUGAUGAAGGCUUGCAAAUGCGGGCACGUAGACGUGAUCCGUUUCCUCAUUGACGCGCAGCUGCGGCAACGCAAAAAGAGCGGAAGCAUCAUGGGCUCCGACAGCACCAAGCUCCUGCAAAUUGAGAAGCAACGCGUGCUGGAUGUGAAGGACGAUGAGGGGGUUACGGCGCUCAUGAAGGCUGCCGAGAACGACGAGCUCGAAAUCGUCCGCCAGCUGAUUGACGAAGGAGCCUCCAUAGCCUUAAAGGAUGACCAUGGGUGGACGGUGCUGAUGUGGGCUGCUUUGGCGGGCAACCUGGACAUUUGUGAAAUGCUGGUCAGGAACUUUGAAGUCGCCGUAGAUUACGUGACUGAGCGCGGUGAGUGCGCGCUGAUGAAAGCUGCAGCAAAUGGGCACUGGGAAGUGUGCGAGUUCUUGUUGGAAGAGGGUGCGAAGGUGAACCAACUAGACUCCGAGCACCAAACGGCGUUGAUGUGGGCGGCGGCUAUGGGGCACACAGCAGUUGUUCGUGGCCUCAUCAGCAAGGAUGCCAAGCUGGACCAGCCGAGCAAGGGUGGCAAAAACGCGCUGCUUCUUGCCUGUGCAGUUGGCCGCGAUAGCAUUGUCGCAGACCUCUUGGCAGCGCGUGCCAAAGUGGAGCACCAGGACUCUGAUGGCCAGAAUGGCCUCUUCGGGGCCGUCCAGAGUGGCAACAAGGAGCUCUUGGCCCUCCUGAUCCAGCACAAGUGUCCUCUGGAAGCGCACACCCUGAGGGCGGAAACGCCGCUGAUGUAUGCUGCCAUGCAACAGCAACUCGAGUGCGUAAAGGUCCUUUGUGCAGCCAAGGCUGAUGUCAACGCCCAGGAUGAGAAUGGACAAAAAGCCAUUGACCAUGCUGAGGGCACGUUGAACAGCAAGGUCGUGGAGGUGCUGCGCCAAGCCUCAAAGCAGGCUUCUGAGAAGGGCCAGUGA